AUGGAUUGCGUACAACAGGGAGAAACUACUAUGUCUUCAGCAGAAGCGAUGACUCAGAUGUGUUUUGAGAGUAUUAAAGGUGGUGUAUUAGUUAAAGGAUUAAGGCAGGUGACUAAAUCUAUUAUCAGUAAAAGAGCUAAAGUAGUUCUUAUGUCUAAGAAGAUUAACGAGCCUAAGAUAGUUGGUGUAAUUGAAGGACUCGCUCGAGAGUAUCAAGUUCCUAUCUUUAAAGUUGAAACUCACGAAGAUUUAGGAGAGUAUGUCCGUAUCAGUAAGUUAGAUGAGACUGGGAAGGUAAUUAAGCCGGCUAAGUGUGCUGUAGCUGCUAUUGAAGACUUUGGAGCUAUUAGUGAGGGUCAGAAGCAAUUGUUUGCCUCGGCUACUCUUCAGUAA